UUCGGAAUUUGGAAUCCAUGACCCCCUCAAUACCCCGCCUACUACAAAUCCAAGCUGCAGUCUUUCACCACUGAUAUCCCCAUACCGAGUACCCUUCCAGCCACGACCGGGCCUUGCUAUUGGCAAUCACUGAUCGACAUACAUUCUUUUCUUCUUCGAGGAUAUUUCAAUUCCUAAUAGCCAAUCAGUGAGGUCAUCAAACCGCCGUCAAGAUGAUCCUGCAACGUUAUCCUGGAAAUCACAAUUUGGAGGUAAAAUCCGGAACUCGACUUUAGCGUCUUGGCUUUUGGUAUGCGCAGAGUACCCGAGAUCGGGAAAUUGCGAGGAGUACUAUGCAUUAGCAUACUAUCUCUGGUGCUUCGUCAUCUGUACUAACAUGUCCUCGGGCAUGAGCUGCAGAACAACACACGCCAGUAGACCCAGAAAGAGGAUUCAGGGACUUGGUUUGUAUCAGGAAAAAGUCCUUGACUGUCUGCGGGAGGUGGUAGUAUCUGUUAUCACAGAAACUCACUCGUCAUCGCCCUCGAGGGUUUUGUUGGAAAUGAAAGUGAUCAGACCGGAGGCCGCACAGAGUCAAGAGAGAAAAGGGGCUAAAGAGAGACCAGAGGAAGAGUACAGAAAAUGGAUGAAAAUAUAA